AUGGCCACCCUGCGCCGGGACGGCCGCCUCACCGCCCUGCAGCGCCUGGGCUGCGCCGGGCUGGCGGGCGCGCUCAGCCUCAGCCUGACGGCGCCGCUGGAGCUGCUGACGGUGCUGGCGCAGGUGGGCACCUGGCACUGCCGGCGGGGGCUGCGCGACGCCGGGCGCAGCCUGUGCCGCACCGAGGGCGUGCGGGCCCUCUGGAAGGGGAACCUGACGGCCUGCCUGCGCCUCUGCCCCUACAGCGCCCUGCAGCUCGCCGCCUCCCGCCGACUUGUUACCCUUUUCAUGGAUGAGCUGGGCCACAUUUCCCACUGGAGAGCCAUCAUGGCAGGCAGCCUGGCUGGGAUGGUGGCCACCACCGUGACGUACCCCAGCGACGUGGUGAAAACGCGGCUCAUCGUGCAGAACCGCCUGGAGCCGUCCUACCAAGGGAUUCUGCACGCCUUCUACCAGAUCUAUCACCAGGAGGGGCUCCGUGCGCUCUACCGGGGUGUCUCACCAGCAAUAUUGGGUGCUGUUCCAUUUUCUGCAGGCUCAUUCUUUGUUUACAUCAAUCUGGACACAAUCUGGCAAGAACCCAUAGUUCGUUUCACUCCUCUUCAGAACUUUGUAAAUGGCUGUGUGGCAGCUGCUGUGGCACAGACACUGUCUUUCCCCUUUGAAACUGUCAAGAGGAAGAUGCAGGCCCAGAGCCCUUGGCUUCCCCACUAUGGAGGAGUUGAUGUCCAUUUCACUGGCAUGGCUGACUGCUUCCGGCAGACUGUGAAGCACAAAGGUGUGCUUGGACUUUGGAGAGGACUCACACCCAGUCUGCUCAAGAUUGUGCCAUACUUCGGUGUUAUGUUUAGCACCUUUGAAUUCUGCAAGCGGGUUUGUCUCUACAGAAAUGGUUAUAUUCAAUCUCCUUUAAAUUACAAGCUAACACCUGGUGUUGACCAGAGCUUACACCCACAAGAACUGAGAGAAUUAAAGCUCCUCCGAAGGGAAAAUUUUGAGCCGAGGAAAUCAGCACUUGAAAACUGACAUCAGAGUGUCCACUGCAGAUACAGGAACACCUUUGCAAGAAAGACGUGCUGAGCUACAGGUACUGACAUUUCAGUGGACUUCAGUGAGACACCUGUGACAGGAAAAAAUAAAUCUGUAUUGUAUUUGCUGAAUGGAUUUAAAGAAUAUGUCUGGCAAGCACAUACUGAAGAGGAAAGAUGCAACUAGUUUGAAAACUCUGUACUACUGAACUUGAAAUGGCAUUGUUUUAGGUGCUUUUUAAAACUGAAUAGCCAUUUGAGAUUAAACCAGGUGCAGAAAGGCAAGAGAAUAGAGAUGGGAAUACAAAUUGUCUCCAAAAGCAUUGAGAAAAUGGAUUUUCUUCAAACAAUCUGAGAUACCAAGUCAGCCAAAAAUAACAAAACAGAAUAAAAUACAUGCAACAUGCAAGAAUUUCUACUGAAAUCUCCAUGUUUCUUAGUGAUACUGUGUGGACAUGGCAUUCUAGAGAGUCAGAAUUAGUUCAGUCACACUCCCAAAUCCACUCCUUAGUUUUUGAGAUGUACUUGAGAAUAAUAUUUUUGUCUGAAUCUCCAGCAUAAAGAUGAAUGUAUGCUGCUGCAGCUGUGCUUUUGCUAAGACAGAACUGUAAUGUGCAAAAUGGAUUGUAAUACACUGGAAUGACAAUCUUGCAAACUCAAGUGCAUACUCAAAAAUAUUCCUCCCUUUCUCGUGCAUUGUUACUGCAUGUAUGUGAAUCACUUCACACUUUGAAAAAUAAUUUCCUGAAGUCCUCUAACUGAAAUAUUUUCUGGAAAAUGCAGUUCUUAAAUGUGUUAGAUAUGUCAGAGCCACAAACUCUGUCAUGUUGUUUAUCUACUUUUAAAGCUCUAUUUUUUUAUUAAACCACUUUUGAGUUCCA